CAACGCCUCAGCCUGGCCAUUGACCAGUCGCCCUUGCGCCUGCCUCUUAACCAGCAGGAAAGUCCAAUUUGUUAUAACUCAAAGCAAACUACUUUCCACCUUCCAAACCCUUCGAAACCCAAACUAAAGCUAAGAUGGCUCGCACCAAGCAGACCGCUCGCAAGUCCACCGGUGGCAAGGCGCCCCGCAAGCAGCUCGCCACCAAGGCCGCUCGUAAGACCCCCGCAACUGGCGGUGUGAAGAAGCCUCAUCGCUACCGCCCCGGUACCGUGGCGCUGCGUGAGAUCCGCAAAUAUCAGAAGUCGACAGAGCUGCUCAUCCGCAAGCUGCCGUUCCAGCGCCUGGUCCGUGAGAUUGCCCAGGACUUCAAGACCGACCUGCGUUUCCAAAGCCAGGCCGUGCUGGCGCUACAGGAGGCCGCCGAGGCCUACCUGGUGGGCCUGUUCGAGGACACCAACCUGUGCGCCAUCCACGCCAAGCGUGUGACGAUCAUGCCCAAGGACAUCCAGCUGGCCCGCCGCAUCCGUGGCGAGCGUGCCUAAAUGCCCUGGCCCCUGCACUGCCUCUGGCGUUUCCCCGCUGUCUUGAGCGCGACGGCAGCAGGCGGCGCAACACAAAAACUCGGUGUUUCUCAACACCACCUUUUUUCCUUGGUAACUUUGUCCCGGGGACGAGGCAGAACUACAUCAGGCGCCCCUGAGCUACAUUGUUGACAUGAGAGAUUUUUUUCGUGCAUGGCAAUGUUACGAAUAAGUGAACUGGUCUCGCAAUCGCAUGGGCCGAUCGGCCCGCAUUCGCAUUGCCUAUCUGUGCAGGCUCUGCAGCAGAUAGGCUGGGAACAACAAAGAUAUUGGGGCGAGCAGCAUCCUGCAGCUCAGCACAGCCGGCAGCAGACCCUGUCGACAACCGUGCGGUUGCCGUAAUCACAAAACCGUG